CAAACACAAACCAAAGGAAUUAUAAAAAGAAAGAAAGAAAGAAAAGAAAAUCUGACCAAUUGUCACUGCCACAAUGCUCAUUCAAGCCCAUAACCUCACUUCCUCUCCCAUUUAUCGCCUUCAAAAUCCCAUAAUCUCACGCCCUCUUGGGGUCAAUGUUUCUCAGUUGAAUGGAGUUCUGAAAACGCGGUUCGGUAGAAAUAAAAGAUGGGGUAUGACAGUUUCAGCUUCUGUGGAGCAGAGCUCGAGCACAAAUCUGGAGAAGAAAAGAAAAGUUGUGGAGCAUAUAUGUCUGCUAAAAGCAAAGGUGGAUUUAUCUGAAGAAGAGGAAAAUAAUAUGCUGGAUUAUCUCUACACAACCCAGUAUCAAAUGGGUGGCAUUCUCUCAAUAUCAUUAGGACGUAUCUCAAAUCGAAACGACGAGAAUUACACACACGCUGUGUACAUGCGUUUCCAACGGAAGGAGGAGCUUGAGAAGUUCUACGAGAAGCCUUUCUACUUGGGAGUUCUCAAAGAGCAUGUGUCGCCUUACUGCCAUGGAUUGCUUAAUUUGGACUAUGAAUCCGAAGUAGAAGACGAUAUCCUUCCUAUAUUUCGGAAAGGAGAGGAGUUCAACAAUGGUGUUGAAUUUGUGCUUCUGAUUUCGUUUGUUGAUGAUGCAAUUGGGGCUAUAGAAGACGCAUUGGCUUCUCUGCAAAGCUUGACAAUUGGAUUUCCAUCCUUAAUUGCCCAAUCUACUCAAGGUCGGAAUUUUAACCUUAAAACCAAGGAGUAUACGCAUGCAAUGGUGAUUCGGUUUCGAUCUCCUGAGGCUCUUGAGAUAUUUGAGGGAAGCUCAGAAUACAAAGAUAUGUGGAGGACUAAGUUUGAGCCAAUCAUUAGAAGAACACUUUCGGUUCAUUUUUUGGUCGAUCCAAUCGGCACCGAGCUUAUGUAGAGAGGACUCUUUGUGGGUUUUUAUGAUGAAUUCUUGAAUCUUGCUCAAGUCUUUUCUACUAUUGAAGACAUAAGCAAGCAGGUCUUAACUGUUUUUUCCUGUUGCACUCUUCCCCAUAAUUCC